CCUGCUGUGUAAAUAAAAGCACCUGUUAAAAAUGUCUGUGCCCCAUUCCAACUAAUAAACGAUCACUAUAAAAGAUGAUGUUCAGGUAAAUAAAAAAUAUUAGUUAAAUUUUAUCAUUCCUAGUCGUGCACAAGCAAGAAGAUGACGCGUUAUUUUGUUAUAACAUUUAUCGCAGCUACAAGCAUUUUCCUUAUAAGCUCUACAAAAGCAACUUGUGGGAGUUGUGGACCAAAUGAAGUAGAAAGAGAGCAGACGGACUGCACGUCUGACUGCUGCCCCGAGCCGGCGGACCAGCCCUCCGCCUGCCCUGAUCCCUGUGCGUCGCCUUGCAAAUGCGAUGUUAUGUAUCUGAGAGCUCCAAAUGGAACGUGUAUAAGGGGAAGGGAUUGCCCUUCCAUCCCGUGCGGUAAAAAUGAACAGUUUGAUAUCUGCCCGGUCUGUUCAGAGCAAUGUUCCAAUGCGUCACCUGAUGGGCGGCGUUGCAGAACUGUGGGUAGAAUAGGAGUCACUGUGAUAUGCCGACCGGCGUGCCGCUGCAUCGAUCAAUACUGGAGGAACGACAAAAAUGAAUGCGUGUGUUACGAUGAGUGCCCUAUUUGUGGGCCAAAUGAAGUAGAAAGAGAGCAGACGGACUGCACGUCUGACUGCUGCCCCGAGCCGGCGGACCAGCCCUCCGCCUGCCCUGAUCCCUGUGCGUCGCCUUGCAAAUGCGGUUUUAACUUUCUGAGAUCUGCUGACGGAACAUGUAUAAGGAGUAGUGAUUGCCCUUCCAUUCCGUGCGGUGAAAACGAACAAUUUGACCCUUGUCCGGUCACUAGCAGCCCAUUCUGUUCAGAGCAAUGUUCCAAGGCGUCACCUGAUGGCCAGCGUUGCAGAGUUGUGGGUAGAAUAGGCAUCACGGUGCCAUGUCGACCGGCGUGCCGCUGCAUCGAUAACUACUGGAGGAGCAACUACACUAAUAAAUGCGUGCCAUAUGAUAAGUGCUCUCAGUCCCAGACAACUUGCGACUAAGUACGAAUCAUCUAAUUACUUAACUAAUUAGAUAACUACUAAGUUCAUCUCUAGAUAAUUAAAAUUAUUUUUAAUGUUUAAUAUGUAGUUAAAUGCUUGUAGAUAUACCUAUUAUUUUGUUAAUUUAAUUGUUUUAUGGUACAAAAAUAAGUACGUUAUCGUAGAUAGGUACGUAAGAUACAGAAGAUACAAAACGCACGAGAGUAGAAGCGAUAGCGCCGCGCUCUACAAACUGUGACCCAAAUGCGUUAGUUAUAUACAUAAUAUAAUAUACCAUAUUAUUGUACUAAAUGUUCGUAUAAUCUUUUUUUUUACAUCUUGUAAAAUUUCUUCCGUUAAAUUCAAAUGACUGUAUUUUCAUGUGGUGUCGGUAGUUAAUAAAAAUUGUCUAAUAAUAAUGUUUAACUAAUAUAUUAAACCGAACACUUUUAAGUAAUAUUUUUUAUGUAAACCUGCGAAGAUGAUACUGCCACUAGCGGAAUUAGAAUACCAUAAGCCUACUUUGUCGAAUUAGUUUAUAAAUUGCGAAAACCCAAAUUAAAUUUGAAUUUCGCGGUUAGACCCGUUUAGUGCAAUGACUAAUGAGUGAGGAGGAGUCAGGGAGGAGUAGGUAAGGAGCACGAUUUCCACAGCAAAGCACUCAUCGACACAACAGUAACCACAGAAUAAUAACUCACAAUUCACAGCAAAAUUAGAAUAUUCUCUUUGACUCAAUCAUAAAAAUUGACACAUACCUAUUGUCUUUAGUAACCGAAUGAAGUCUUUUAAUUAUUAUAAAUAAAAACGAUAAAAACAAAUUUCUGUG